UAACUACUUCUCCUUCUUCAGGAAUGCAAGCUGCUUUGUUAGUGGUUCUCAUAGGUGUUUGGAUCGUUAGCGCCAUUUAUGAUGGUCCAGUGUUCGUUGAUGUGCUCAGAUUUUUGGUGAAACACAAAAGCGACAGAAAUUUUUUGAGGGCUCUCGGAGAUAAUGGUCAUCUUAACCGCACUACGAAGGAAGCAGUUGUCAACGAGAUCCUUGAACUACAAGACGAGAAAACUCAGGAAGCGUAUGCAACUAAAGUGCAAAAGAAAAAGCAAUUGCGUAAAGCACGGUAUGACGAAGCCAUCGAAGGCUUGAAAGCAGUGGAGAACUACUUGAAACAAGCUGAAAAGAUCAACAAUGACACGGCCAUCACAGAUGAUGAUGCAAGAACGAAGAUGAAAGAACUGAAAAGAAAGCUGAACUUAAAGCAGCGCAGACUUGCGGUACAAGUGGAGAAGCUUAAUUAUGGAGAAGAAUGA